AGGUGAACACACACACACACAGUCACUUCUGUUGAAGACGCCAGAGGACAUUUCUUCUUUUGUUUUUCACUGAAAAUAAAGUAAAUCAGACGGCUCUUUCAGGAGCUCGUGAACUCAAUUCUUCACGUCUGGCUCGUUGUCUCACUAAAAUGACGAAGGUGGAUAAAACCAAGAGAUUUAGCGAAGUUUUUCUGUUCCUUUUAUUGAGCUGCACUUUUCAAGGUAUUCACUGUGAGCUGGUGCUCUCUCCCGCUGGUCAUACUGUGGUGAAUGCUGAAGCUGGCAGAAAUGUGACUCUGGCUGUGUCCUUCAGUGGUGCCACUGACCCUGUAGUUGCCUGGUUCAUGAAGGAUGUAACUGUCGUCACAUGGAAUAUUGGCUUUACUUCUCCCAACAUUGCUGAAAACAAAAGGAACGUGCUGAGGCUCGAGCCAAAUGGAUCUCUGACAUUUGUAAAUGUGCCACUUGAAUAUAGCAGUAACUAUACUUUUGAAAUCACAAAGGCUGGACUUAAACAAGCCUCGACAACUUUCACUCUUAAUGUUUUUGAAAUCAUCCAGAAUGUGACUUUGAGAUUAGAGCCAGAUUUGGCCAUAGAGGGGACUGACCGCUUCAUGCUGGAGUACAGCAUGUCCCAAGGAGUGGUCCAGCAACAGACGUGGUUCUACAACGGCAGGGAGAUACAAACCAACUCAAACUACUCAAAACACAAGAGUCUUGUGAUCCUUAGGCCGACCCGCAGCGACACUGGACAGUACUCUGUGUUUCUGACAAACCCUUUUGGGAGUGUGACAACAUACAUGAAUGUCACUGUGCUGUAUGGACCAGAAGAGCCCAAAAUUCAGGCACGCCCUGCUCAGCCUUUCUACAUAUCAGGAGACUCUCUGCUCCUCUCCUGUUUGGGGGAGGGGUCCCCUAAGCCAUCUAUUGAGUGGAUCUUUGGUGGUCAGAACAUUUUGCGCUCAGGAGUCCUAAAUCUUACAAAUGUAAAGACCAGUCAAGGAGGCGACUAUACAUGCAUGUUGCUCAAUGAGCUGACUAAAGAUCAGAGCCAAAUAAGCUUUACGUUAGAUGUUUACGAGAGGCCAUCAGAGAACCCGCUUUGCUCUGUGCAGUCCGUGAAUAAUAACGUCGACUUGCAGUACCACUGUCAGUGGUCUGGGGGAACCCCUCAGGCACGGCUUUAUUUCCCAGAGCUUGACAACAGCAAAAGUGGAUUAGGAAACUUAAGUCUGACUGUCAAUGCUUCAGAAAACCUCGACGGGAGAACUUUCACGUGCUUGACUGAGCACCCAAUUGAAAAGAAUAAAUGCAACAUUACUGCAAGUAGUCCCUUGAAGUUCCUGCCAACUGUGCAAACCACAGUCAACUAUGCGGGCAAAAUAGUGGUCAGUAUCCACUGCGUCAGUGAGGCCUCUCCCAGCGCUGUGGUGUUGUGGUCCAGAGGCAGCGAGGCUGUCACCAACGGGACAACACACCAGAUCAGCAGUAACACAACGCAGCUCCAGAUUCGUGACUAUAACGUCAGCAACUUCCUCCUCCAAAACUACACCUGUACAUGUAAAAACCCAUUGGGCGGCCAGCGGAGGGAAAUCCAGUUAAGAGGACCGUCCAUCUCAAAUUCCAGUUUGUUCCCUAAUCAAGAUGGAACCAUCCUCACGUUGACUUGGGAGGUCCCGCACUACUCCGUUGUUACAGGGUUUGACAUCCAGAUGAAAGGACCAGACCUCCAGAGCAAAAGUCGUUAUGACGCCCAAAGUAAAGGCAACUCUAACGGAUUUCAAACAAUUCAACGGAAACCUGGCUCUGCUCGGAUUGCAGACGUCUUUGACCUCAAUCCAAAGUUGACCUACAGGUUUCAGGUUAUCCCCAAAGCCCUCAGGACUGAUGGAGAGCCUUCUGAAGUCCACAGGAUUGGUCCAGGUGAAGGGCUGAGCGGCCCGGCCAUUGCUGGACUUGCAGCAGGAAUCCCCUGCAGCCUCCUCUUCCUGCUCCUGCUGGCCUUCUUCAUCUAUUGGUGUGUCUACUAUCACAAAAACAGAAGUCGUCAGACGAGAUACCCUGUUUCCAGAGCAGUUGAAAAGGCAAUACCAACACAAACAGAUUCAACUCCUCAUAACCUGCUGACAGGAGGGCUGAAGGCUCCCCCGGAUUACAACCGAUUUCAACAGACUCCCUCUGAAAGAUCAGUGGCGCUCCCCUCCUUCGUCCCUCCUCCACCUGUCAGAGUUGCUACAACUGUCUAAAAUGUGAUUUGAUGAGUGUUUUGUUUGUAUAGCAUUCUGUAUAUAUUCUGUUUUAUUUUAAAAUGUAUGGGACUGUUUCUAUAUUUUUACCACAAUUUUAGCUAGGCCUACUUACAUUUUUGGUGUCAUAUUUAUUCCUGUGGAGAUGGGACACUAUUUCACUUUCCUCCAUGAUAUACAAAGUACAACUCCCCUAAUUUUUAAAGAAUAUUUAUUAUUAAUAAAUCUAAAUUCAAGCAAU